CUUUCAUUUUCAAGCGUCACACCAGUUUUGAUCAGAAACGUCAAACGACGACGAAAGCUUUCUCUUCUGGUAUCCUAGUUCGAAAAUACUUCCAGUCUGUGCUGGACCAUAGAACAUUUAUGAAGUGAUGGCAACUUUUUUCAACAGGAUAGAAUUAUCUACGGGAGACAGUGUAUAUCUCCUUGUGAAUUAUAAAAAUGAAGAUGCUGACGAAUUUUUACUGUCCAUCUCAGAUGGAAGCCAAGUAUGGAAAGGAAAAUUUGAUGAAGAUGACAUUGAAGAAAUGAGGAAAACCCUGAAAAUGGAUUAUGAAUCUCUGUUAAAGAAAACAAAAGAUGCUUUGAGUUGUGAAAGUUCCUCAGGCUGGUCAUUUGAGUACAAACUUAACCCAAAGAGAACAGAGUUCCAGUGGUAUUAUGCUCCAGAUGAAGACCUGACUUACAUGUUAGGGAGUUGUUCCCUUAAACCAGCAAAGGACCCUUCAAAGUCCAUGUGUGAAAUCCUCAACCACUGUAUAGAAAGACAGAGGGAACUCAAAGAAAAGGUUUCAGUCCUACAAACAGAUUAUGACAGAAUAACACAGGAAAGGGCUAAUGCCCUCAAGAGGUUGGAAAAAUGUGUUGUCGCAAAGGAAGAAUUAGAAAAAGAAUUGUACUCAAAGUUUGUUGAUGUUUUAAACAGCAAGAAGGAAAAAAUAAGGCAGCUUAAAAAUAACUACACAAAUGGUACAGACUCAUCUCCAGGACCAUCAAAUGUAGAAGAACCGAUCAAAACACAAGAAAAAAGGCUAAAGAAAAGGUCGGCACCAAGUGAUGAAGAACUGAGUGAUGCAGAAACAACAGAUGAAGAAAAGAGUUCAUCACAAAAAGGCAAAAAGUCCAAAAAGGAAGUGAAAAAAAGUCCACAGAAGGAUGAUUCCAUUGUGUUAGAUACAGGGAAGGAUAGUCUUGGGACAUCAAUGGUGUCUAGACCACGUAGAAAUGCUGAGUCGAACAAACGUAAAACUCCAUCCAAACCUGUCCUACCAAAAGUUUCAUCAUCAGAAACAAAGCCAGAGAGACCUGUCAGAAUGAAAAAAGCAUCCUCCUCAACAUCAAACCGAUCUUCUGACAACAUCGAUCCUGAUGACCUCAUUGACAAUUUAUGAUGAUGUCAUUGUCAAUUUGUGAUGAUGUCAUUGAAAGUUUGUAAUGUUUUUACUAACUACAUGUGCAAGGACAAGAUAUCCAAUCUAUGAUGUUAAGACAGUAAAGGAGUUUUGUUGAUAGCCUUUACUAUUGAAUUGUGGAGUUCAUGUGUGUGCAUGUUUAAGACCAGAAUUUAAAAUAGUAGUGCCAUGUAAUGAAUGUGAAACAAUAGUGCCAUUAGUGCAAUUUUGUAGAUUGAUUUCAACGUAUUUAGACUUGAUCAAGAAGAAUUAUAUAAAACUUUCAUAUGCCA